AUGGCGGGGCUGGGGUUGGGGUUGGGGCUGAGGCUGAGGCAGGGCCCGGGCCCGGGGCUCCUCGCUCGGCUCGCGGGCGGUGGGAGUCUCGGGGUGAGAGCCGUCGGCUCCGCGGCUCAUCCCGACCUCCUGCACCGCAGCCUCGUGCCCACCCUCCACUUCCAAAAGAGCCUCCCCCGGUUGCCCAUUCCCAAGCUGGAGGAUACGGUGAGACGUUACUUGGCUGCACAGAAGCCCCUCUUAGACGACGACCAAUAUCAGAGAACCGAACGACUGGCCCGAAGUUUCGAAAGGGAGGAUGGGAAUGAGCUACACAAGGAGCUGGUGGCUCAGGACAAGAUGAACAAACACACCAGUUACAUCUCAGGCCCCUGGUUUGACAUGUACCUCUCUGCCCGCGAAUCCUUGGUCUUGAACUUCAACCCCUUCAUCUCCCUGAAACCCGACCCCAAUCCCUCACUCAACGACCAGCUGCUGAGAGCCACCAACCUGACCGUGUCCGCCUUGCGCUUCCUCAAGACGCUGCGGGCCGGGCUGCUGGAGCCAGAGAUCUUCCACCUGAACCCAUCGCGGAGCGACACACUGGCCUUCAGGCGUGUGGUGCGCUGGGUGCCGGCCUCACUGUCCUGGUACGUGGCCUACAUGGCCAACGCCUACCCGCUGGACAUGUCCCAGUAUCACCGCCUCUUCAACUCCACCCGCCUGCCCCAGCCCGGCCGAGACGAGCUGCUCAGCCUCCCCGGGGAGCGACACCUACUGGUCAUGAGGAACGGUCACUUCUACACCUUCGACGUGCUGGGGCCGGACGGUGGGAUCGUGCCGGCCGCGGAGAUCCUGGCCCACCUGCGCUACAUCCUCUCCGACCCUCGCCCCCCGCCGGAGUUCCCGCUCAGCUUCCUGUCCGGCGAGGAGCGGGACGUGUGGGCGGGGCUGAGGCGGAGGCUGGAGGAGACGGGGAACGCGGAGGCCCUGGAGCGGGUGGACGGGGCCGUGUUCUGCCUGUGCCUGGACGGCGGUGACCUCUCUGCCACCGAUCCCGUCAGCCUCUCCCACGCUAUGCUCCACGGCAGCGGCAUCAACCGCUGGUUCGACAAGUCUCUCAGCCUCCUGGUGUCCGGCCAGACCGCCGCAGUGAACUUCGAGCACUCGUGGGGGGACGGGGUGGCCGUGCUCCGGCUGCUCAACGAGAUUUACUGGGACUCGGCGCGGAGGCCCGGCGUCACCGCGGAGACCAGCCCGGGGCCCGUGGACUCGGCCCGCGCCGUGCGAAAGCUGGAGUUCGUGCUGGACGAGACUGUGAAGGCCGGGGUGGCCAGAGCCGGGGAGAAGCUCCGGGCGGCUGUCGGGUCGCUCACCAUCGACGUCCUGGAGUUCCGCGGGGGAGGCAAGCAGUUCCUGAAGAGCCAAGGGGUCAGCCCGGACGCCGUGGCACAGCUGGCCUUCCAGAUGGCCUUCCUGCGGCAGUACGGCCAAACCGUGGCCAGCUACGAGUCGUGCAGCACCGCGGCGUUCCGUCACGGCCGGACAGAGACCAUCCGCCCGGCCUCCCUCCAGGCCCAGACUUGCUGCCGUGCCUUCGUCCAGGAGCCGGCCAGGCACAGCGUGGCCGAGCUCAGGGCCAUGGUCAGCCAGAGCUCCAAGCACCACAGCAAGCUGACCCGAGAGGCCGCCAUGGGUCAGGGGUUUGACCGGCACCUCUUUGCUCUACGCUACCUGGCGUCUACCAGGGGGCUCUCUUUGCCUGAAUUCUUCCAUGAUCCAGCCUACGCCAAGAUCAACCACGUGAUCCUGUCCACCAGCACUCUGACCAGCCCUGCCGUGCAGCUGGGGGGUUUUGCCCCCGUGGUCCCUGACGGCCUGGGGGUGGGCUACGGGGUCCACGAUCAAUGGAUGGGCUUCAACGUCUCUGGGUACCCCACCCGCAACGUGCCUGAGUUCCUGCAGUGCGUCAACAAGAGCCUGGAGGACAUCUUUAAUGUGUUGAAGGGGAGACCCGUUGGAAACUGAUUUUCCCCCCCGCACCCCCACCCCCGGCAUCUCAAAGGGCUUCACAGAAUAUAGUGCGAAAUGAGCGUCUCAGAGCACUUAAGAUGGACAAGAGAGUCAGUGGGUGCUGGGGUUUGGGGCAGCUCUUUCUCAGGACUUUCUCCUCCCAGCUCCCCUUAAGGGCGCGACUGCAGAUAGACUUGAGGGGACUGAGCCCCCUCUAGCCUGAGUCCCUCCCCCCUCCCCCACCUCUGGUCUUAAUUGUGAGGGAUGAGUUAAACUUGAUUAGUCUACAACAAAAAAUAACCCGUUCAACUUGCGCGAUUAUAAUAUUUUUAAUCUAAGAGUUUGAUUAUUUUAUUGAUUAUUUUAUUAACAAGAGGGAGGUUUCUCCCUCGAGCUUUUGAUUUUGGCCAGUGAUACAGUGCGGUCUCCACUCUCUUCUCCUCGCUUUCUCUCUUACCCACCCCCGCCCUCCCCGAACACUAACUGUGAAAGGUUUACCAAAGAUAAUUUUGGGAAAGAGCGGGGUCGGGUGGGGAGUGGGACUAGUUGGGUUGCUCUUUCAAAGAGCCGGCACGGGCACAAUGGGUCAAGUGGCCUCCUUCUGUGCUGUAAGAUUCUAUAGCAGACACUAUUUUUUAAAAAAAAUUAUGUAGUUUCUAAAUACUUGGCAUUUUGCGUUCAUUUUAUGUUCAUUUGGGGGGGAGUGGGGCAGUUGUCCGCUGCUUUGAAACAAUGCGAUCAAAGUUUCUGUUAACUCGUCUGCCGGGCGAUGGGAAUGGAGACAAAAACCAGGCUGCACAUGUGGUUACACGGCCCGAGACGGAUUGAAGGAUAACUCGCAGAUUUGUUUUUUGUUCAAUGGAAAUUAAAA